AGUUUGGACUUCUUCCCCUGUACAAACUAGAAAUAAAUUAUUUGAGCCAAAAGCUGGUGUUAAUGAAAAAGGUCAUCUAGGGAGUUCUCUUUUCAUAUUCUUUAACUCAAUAUAAGCUUGGAGGAGGCCACAGUGCUAGGCAUUCUGGGAGGUUACAGUAGUGCACACUAGAAGUUCUACCCCUCCAAGUAUCUUUGUUAGUCUAAACAUAGUUAAAUUCUUCCUUGUUAGUCAUUUUUUCUGAUUAAGUAAUUUUAACAUCUAUACUGAAAGUUCAUGAGCUCAAAGAAUAAGAUGUCUCAGAGACUCUACUGGUAUAGCUUUGAUGAUUACCAAUCUGUCUACUUACUAUAUUCUGUCUUGUCACUAAGAACCCAUCUUUAGCAUCAUAGCUGUUUCAUAGCAACCUUCAUUGAUGUAAACAGUGAGCUCCUCUGUUCUGCAGAGUAAAUAGAGCAGAUUAAAGUCAAACAGAAUCUUUCAUUCUCAUACUUAGCAACAUCCUGGUUCAUUUAGAAAAAACGAGUAUCUACAAGAAGACAGGAGCUACCUCUGCUGUAGGCUCACUUGUUCCUUUGGCAGCGUGUGUUGGACUAAAUUUUAACACACAUACCUUUUGUAUCUAACCCAGGCAGGUCUCAAACUUGUAUGUGGCUGAAGAUCACCUGGAACUUCUGAUCUUUGUGAGUGCUGGGAUAGGGGAUGUGCUACCACACCCAGUUUGUGUGGUGCUGGGGAUCAAACCCAGUGCUUUACACAUGAUAGGCAAGCACUGCCACACUUCACUGAAGCUUUUUCUUCUUUUGAGACAGGUUUCAGGGUUAGCCCUUGUAGCCCAGGCUGACCUUAAAUUUGUCCUGCUUCUGCCUCCAGGUUCUGUCAUCACACCUUGCUUUCCAUUCUUUUAAAAGUCUUUACAAAUGAAGGUAGUUAACACUGGAAAAAGUGUUUUCAGGUACAGUGUUCAAAGUGACCUUCCUGAAACACAGGAAGAUCUUGGCUUACAAAGGAAAAGAAAAGAAAGGAAGGAAGGAGGGAAAGAAAAAAAAGAAAGAAAAAGAAAUUAAUUUGCAGAGUCCAAUGACUCUAGUCCAGAGUUAUCUUUUUAAUAGAUGUUGUUUAGGAACAUUCAUAGUAAAUAAUUCAGGUUAAUGUCCCAACCCAACUUUGACUCACCUUUUUCAUAAGAUUGGUUUUUGUAUUUGGUCAGAUUUAGCAUGGGACUUUGAAAUUCUUCUACAGUUUGAAAGGGAGGGGAAGAGUUAGCUCAUGCAUUUGGGGUAAUGUGGAAAUUCACUUCUGCUUCUGAGGUCUUUUCUUUCUUUUUUUUUUUUUUCUUCUCAAGCCUGUGGGUUUAAAUUCAUUAGGAGGAAGUGACAAGAAUGACACCUGGGAAGAUGCCCCUAGUAAGCUUAGAUAAUCAAACAAUAUUUUAAGUCUUUUUUUUUUUUUUCUUUCCUGUGGCCUCAUCUGAGAGUGUGGACUGCACUUGGGUGCACAUCUGUGCCUGUGCCUGUUUUGCCGACAGCUUUCCAUUAUAGUCUGUCAAUGCUAAGGGCUGUUCAAAGCUGGAGGAUCUGUGUUUCUAGUACAAGAGAACUUUCAUCUGGAAUGCCUGCUGGUAAAAUGCCUGAGUCAUGAAGACUGGGGCCACUGUUUUUAUUCUUGGGAGCCUGGUAUUGAUAACCUACCUGCCUUUGGUGUUGAUGUCACCUAAAACACUGGCCAUCCCUGAGACGUUACAACAAGCUGUGGGGAGAGUCAUUGUCAAUGCCACCACAUGCACUGUUACGUGUGGCCUUGGCUACAAGGAAGAGACUGUCUGUGAGGUGGGUCCUGAUGGAGUGAGGAGGAAGUGCAAGUCCCAGCGUUUGGAAUGUCUGACCAACUGGAUCUGUGGGAUGCUCCAUUUCACCAUUGUCCAUGGGCAGAACUUUGAGCUGAGCUGUCUCAGCUCAGACAUCCUGGAGGUGGGGCAGGAAGCUUUCCGCUUCACCUGGAAGCUUGCCCGGGGCAUCAUCUCUACUAAUGAUGAGAUUUUUAAACCCUUCCGAGCUAACUCUCACUUUCUGCGGUUUAAACCUGCCUAUGAGUAUGACUCUGGGACAUACCGCUGUGAUGUGCAGCUGCUAAAGAGCUUGAGAUUUGUCAAGAGGAUCUAUUUUGGCCUCAGGGUACUUCCUCCAAAGCUGGUAAACCUCAAUUUCCAUCAGUCCCUUACUGAGGACCAGAAGUUAGCAGAUGAGGGCUGGGAAGUUAAUUUCGACAACCAAUCUAAGCCUCACCUCCCAAAGUGGCAGAAGAAGGUGGUGUCAGCCUUGGGCAUAGGGAUUGUUGGUGGAGUGGUUGGUGGUGUUUUGGUGAGCAUUGCUGUCCGCAGUGUGCUGAGGGGCAUGGAUGGCAGGAACAUCUUCAGCAGCUUAUAGUUUGUGUCUUACUCCUGGGAGGCUGGCUGCCUAGGAAACUGAGCUAGCUUGUGCAUGAGUGUCCCAUGCCUCUGAUGGGGAAGUGGCAAGAAAGGACUCUUGCAGCCAAAAGUUGGCUGGGAGGCUUGGAGGAUGCAACCUCAUGGUAGUUCAGGACAGCAAUAUCCAUCAUCGUGUUCAGGACUCCUUGAUACUGGGUGCCCAGAAGACCCACGGCAGGCUUUGCCUCUGAUCCUUGGCAUGGUUCUGUCUUCCAAGCCUGCAUUUAUUUCACACCUCCCAGUCUGUGUGCCACUCACCCUGACUCCACCUCUCUGAACAGUGUAUGGACUAUAAUGUACUAAUAGCAGCUUUUUAUUUUGAGAAACUUUAUUUUUGUCCAAUAAAAAUAAUUCACAGUAAC